AUGUCGGUCUCGGCACCCGGAGUCCAGAUUGCCGGCACUGGUCAAGCUGCCCGUGACCUCGCAAGGACGUGCAAUAAGUACCUGGUCACGACCGCAACCAAGUCCGCAUAUGGCAAACGACUGGGGUUCUUCGGUGUCUUGCCGGAUUGGCGCGAUGUAAAUGAUAUGCUUCUCAGCAACCCACUCUUCCUCCCAAUUUGGCAAAAGCUUCAGGACUACAAAGCGCUCAUAUUCAUUCAUCCGGAUAGCUCAUGGGUAGGCCCCAAGUUCAUCGCUGGCGGCCUGCCCCAGCCGAUUGUCGAUUUCCCGCUCGCCACUACCCGGACGGCGGUAGACUUGAUCAUGACCAAGACGCUGCCCAAGUUCCCGGAUACUGACAUAACACUAUCCCACGCAGGCGGCAGACUUUCUUUUAUUGCUAAUAGAUCAUUAGGUAGUCUUUCCGUACCAGAUAUUAACCAGAUUAUCGGGUAUAGCAUGGCUGAUGCUAAGGCUGACCUUGGUCGUUUUUACUUCGACGUUGCCUUGAGCACUAGUGCUGCCCAACUGCAUGGACUUCUGGAUGCAGUAGAUGCAGACCACAUCCCAUUUGGGUCCGACUACCCUUAUGCUCCAGCCUUUGCCAUUGACGCUUUGCUGCUGCAGUAUGCACAAUUCGUGGCCAUGGAUAAGAGAGGGCCUCUAAUUCGUCCAGAAAAGCUUCGCGCGAAUUCCUUAUCUCUUCUUAACAAGCAUGCCUUUAAGAGGGCCUUUAAGUGA